GCGCGCGCGCCAUGUCGUUCAGUGAAAUGAACCGCAGGACGCUGGCGUUCCGAGGAGGCGGGUUGGUCCCCGCCGGCGGCGGCGGCGGCGGCUCCACGAACAAUAACGCGGGCGGCGAGGCCGCGGCUUGGCCGCAGCCGCGACCGCCGGCGCCCCCGCAGCUCAAUGGGCGGGGGGCCGACGAGGAAGCGGAACCCGAGGGCCUGGAGCCCCACGACCCGGAGGCCGCCGCCGCCGCCGCCGCCGAGCGCCCCGAGUCGCCGCUGCCCCCGGACGCGGCCGGCCCCACCUCGCUGGGCGGCGGCGGCGUGGGCGGCGCGGGGGGCCCCCCGCUAGCCGAGAGGAACCGUCGGACUCUGGCCUUCCGCGGCGGCGGGGGGCUCGGCCACCACGGCGGCGGCGCCGGGCGCCCCGAGAGCGCGGCGUGGCCCCCGCGGCACUUCAAUGGGCGCGGGCCGGCCGCCGAGCUGGAGCUGGACGCGCUGGAGGCCAAGGAGCUGCUGCCGGACGGCGCGUCCCUGAGCGACAGCACCGAGGACGACGAGGAGGGGGCGAGCCUGGGCGACGGCAGCGGGGCGGAAGGCGGCAGCUGCGGCAGCGGCCGGCGCUCGGGCGCCGAUGGCGGGGACGACGCGGAGGGCAGCGGCGCGGGCGACGGCGACGGCGUCCCGCACCUCCCGCUCGCGCGGCCCAAGUCGCUGCUGCAGAAGCUCCAGUGCUCCUUCCAGAGCGCCUGGCUCAAGGACUUCCCCUGGCUGCGCUACUCCCCCGACACGGGCCUGAUGUUCUGCGGCUGGUGCCACCGGCCCCCCGAGGACGGCGGCGGCGGGGGCGGCGGCGGGGACCUCCCUCCGGGCGGCGGCCACGACGAGCUGUCGCGCGGCACCCGCAACUUCAAGAAGACCCUGCUGCUGAGGCACCACGUCUCCACCGAACACAAACUCCACGAAGCCAACGCCCAGGAGUCAGAAAUACCAUCAGAAGAAGGGUACUGUGACUUUAAUAGUAGGCCAAAUGAGAACUCUUAUUGCUAUCAACUUCUUCGACAACUAAAUGAACAGAGAAAGAAAGGUAUUCUUUGUGAUGUCAGCAUUGUGGUGAGCGGAAAAGUCUUUAAAGCUCAUAAGAACAUCCUGGUUGCAGGCAGCCGUUUCUUUAAGACUUUAUAUUGCUUUUCAAACAAAGAAAGCCCUAACCAAAACAAUACUACCCAUUUAGACAUUGCUGCAGUGCAAGGUUUCUCAGUCAUCUUGGACUUCUUAUAUUCUGGUAACCUGGUGCUCACAAGCCAAAAUGCCAUUGAAGUGAUGACAGUGGCCAGCUACCUUCAAAUGAGUGAAGUUGUUCAAACUUGCCGAAAUUUCAUUAAAGAUGCCUUAAAUAUAAGCAUUAAAUCGGAAGCUCCGGAGUCUGUAGUUGUGGACUAUAAUAAUAGAAAGCCAGUUAAUAGAGAUGGUCUGUCUUCGUCACGGGAUCAAAAAAUUGCCACUUUUUGGGCGACAAGAAAUCUUACCAAUUUGGCAAGUAAUAUAAAAAUUGAAAAUGAUGGUUGUAAUGUCGACGAGGGCCAAAUAGAAAACUACCAAAUGAAUGACAGUAAUUGGGUCCAGGAUGGUUCUUCUGAAUUGGCUGAAAAUGAACCUGAAAGUCAAACGAAAGUUUUUGUUUGGAAUAAUAUGGGCUCCCAGGGAAUUCAAGAAACUGGCAAAACGAGGAGGAAAAACCAAACCGCGAAGAGAUUUGUUUAUAAUAUACCACCUAAUAAUGAAACAAAUUUAGAAGAUUGCUCAAUGAUGCAGCCACCUGUUGCCUAUCCAGAAGAAGAUUUAUCAUUCAUCAAGGAAGAACCAGAUCUGGAUGGUGCUCUACUCUCAGGACCAGAUUGUGAGAGGAAUGUGAAUACAAAUCUAUUAGCUGAAGCCAGCUCUGGUCAGGAUGGAAGUGAUGCUGGUACUUCACAUGAUUUCAAGUUUAGCCUUAUGCCUGGCCCUUCAAGCGAUUUUAAAUUUGGAUUACUAGCAGGUACUUCAAAUGAUUUCAAGUUUGGAUUGAUGACAGGUGCUUCAAACGAUUUCAAGUAUGGAUUAUUGCCUGACUCUUGGCCAAAACAGGAAACUUGGGAAAAUGGUGACUCAUCUCUAAUCAUGAACAAGUUGAAAUGCCCUCAUUGUAGCUAUGUAGCCAAAUACAGACGAACACUAAAAAGGCAUUUGCUCAUUCAUACGGGAGUUAGAUCAUUUAGCUGUGAUAUUUGUGGAAAGCUGUUUACUCGAAGAGAACAUGUAAAAAGACAUUCCUUGGUGCAUAAAAAGGAUAAAAAGUACAAAUGUAUGGUGUGUAAGAAGAUCUUCAUGUUAGCAGCCAGUGUUGGAAUAAGACAUGGAUCUCGACGCUAUGGUGUUUGUGUAGACUGUGCAGAUAAAUCACAGCCAGGCGGGCAAGAAGGUGUAGAUCAGGGACAGGAUACAGAUUUCCCUCGGGAUGAAGAAUAUGAGGAGAAUGAAGUCGGAGAAGCUGAUGAAGAGCUGGUUGAUGAUGGAGAAGAUCAGAAUGAUCCAUCUCGAUGGGAUGAAUCAGGAGAUGUCUGUAUGUCUCUAGAUGAUUAAUUUGACCUCCUAUACUCCUCAAGGAUGCUGCAUUUGGACUUAAUAUGAAUCAACAAUUUGAAUUGUUGAACUUGAAGGCUUGCAAAAUAUGGUACAUGCUGGAUGGUAGUAAUGUUGCUGUGAAAACUGUAGGGUCAAAGCCUUAUAGCAAAAAAAAAAAAAAUUUUUUUUUAUAUUUGCACAGGACUGUACAGCAAACAACCUUGUGGUUGGAUUACAUGGAGUCCCCACAUCUUCAGUCAGUUAUCAAAGUAAAGUAUUUUUUAUUUAUAGGUUAUACAGUAACUGUUUGGGUCUUAUAAAACAGUACCCAUUCUUAAAGAACUUAAAUUCAUGUGCCACUUUUAACAUGAAUGAAGAAAAAUUCACUUAUGGAGUACAGUGACCCAAUCACUCUGUCCAUCAAACCACUCAGGCUAGUUUGUACUAGUAGAGUUUUGUUUCUAUUUUUAUUUUUAUUAAUUUUAUUUUUUUUUAAUACAGAUUUUCAGUGAGGGGCUUUUUCAACCCCAUUGGUUCUACUUUUCUGGUUUUUUUUUUUUUUCAAUUUUAAUUUGCUACGUAACUUAAACCAAGUCUCUUCUAGUCUUAGGUAGUAUUUCUCAUUUUUGUGCUGACGGGCAUGUUAAUAAGAACUGGAGAGGUAAUUUAUUGGAAUGAACUGACUUUCCUCCAUUCCCCCUUUCCUUGUUGACAUGAAUUUUACUACUACACAAAUGAAGAAUGAUGUUGCAAAGUUACCAUGGAAGUUGACAAAUACCACUAAAAUGAUUAUGAUUUAGAAGUAACUUUCUCCUGCUGCUCUAAUCUGAUAAAUGGUUACAGUAUGACCUUUUCUGACAUGGUAUUCAGUUUUGGGUAUCUGUUACUUUGGCACUAUUCUUGUUUGCCUCUUUAUUUUUGCCAGUGUACUAUACCUCAGUCCUAUUUGAAAAAGCAGAAAUCUAAUUGAGAAAAAGUCAUAGAAACAAUAGUCAAGAUAUUUGUUUUAUAAUUUAUCCUCCAUGUCCAGUUUGAUUAGCUUGUUAUGCAAUAUAAGUGAAAUAACAGGUUUUUACUCCUGUGCCCUUUUUUUUUUUAUCAUUAAAAUCAACACAAAAAGUACAUUCUCUUUUGUUUCAUACUUAAUGGGAUAUUGAGUGUUUUGAAAUUAUGAUCAGUUAUUUUUUAAUUUCUUAAAGUCGCUGCACCUUGAUAGGCAGUUAUCCUGGUAGGCCCCAUCAUUCAACAAUAUGCAGAAAUCUUUAAAAUACUGAGAAGCUUUACCAUUUAUUAUUGUAACUAAAUUCUUCAGGGCUUAAAAGGGGUGAUUUAUUAAGUUAAAAUUGUCAGGUUUAUGUAACCUGAUGACAUGAGUUAACUGAUUGUUGAACAACAUUUCAAAAUAACAUGCACAGCAUUUGUGUAUUAUAACACAUUGUAUUAUAUACAAUUGAGGAACAUUUUCAGCUUUCUUUUAAAUAAAUUUGAGUAUAACUUCCUAUUUGAAAUCAAAUAACUAAAUUCUGCUAGUCAUGCAAAGGGGAAAUUGCAAAGUACUUCGAUGGACACAAUCCUCUUGGUGCUCCAUAGGAUCAGACUUGAAAGGUUUUUUAAGAGAUGAGCUUUCUCAGUAGAGUACUGGUUAAACAGUAGACGUUUCUGCUUGGAUAAAUUAAGGAUAAAAAUGACAGUUACAUUUUUAGACCCUUCUUUUGUCAUCUAAACUUUAUUGUAGUUUCUCCAUAACUGUAAGACAGACAUGAAGUUUUGGGUUGGUUUUGUUUAAGACUGAAGAGUACAUCUUAUUCUGAAUGUUCUAGACAAAUGAAUAAAAUGUAAUUCUGGUGGGGUCCAAAGUAGAAAUUAGUUGGACAAAGAUACUAUGAAUGAAAGUAUUUUAAACGUAAAAAGUUCUGCUUUGUGAAUAUGUAAGUAUAGUAUAAAAGAUUUCUUUCAUCCCAUUUAUCCCCCUCCUUUAAAAUAAACCAUAGUUUACAAUUGGUAGAUCUGUCUAUAUAUAAAUAUAUAUUAAAGAGAGAAGAUAUAUAUCUGAAAAUCACCUAAAUCUGCUUUAUUAGACUACAGUUCACUUAUUGCAUAGAAACUGGACUUGACUUUACGUUCUUAUGUACUUUUGCUUUUCCUCAAGAUAAGAACUUAAUUCUUAAGCUGAUAUUUCCUUUAUUGCUUAAAUCAUUUAUGUAUAUCUGGUAAAUUAUGACCAAAUUUUUGUUAGAUUGCAUACAGUAAAUUGAAAUACACACUUGGUACACUACGGGAUUGUUGUGCUUUUGUUUGGUUUUAGUUGGAAACAAGGUUCGAUGUAGAUGACUUGUUAAUGUUAAUUUAAAAUAUUCUAUUGUCCGUUACCUUUUUAUGUUGUGUUGUGACAGAUUUGGCUAUAUUUUUAGUCAACUGAAAUACGAUACUUUGUUUGCUUUUAGAAAAGGUAAUCCAAAGGAAAAAAUGUUUAUACUCUUGAAAUAUAUUAGCCUCAGCCUAUAUAAAAUUUUCUUCUUUAAAGUAAACAUUUUACCAGAAACAGAAUGGACAGAUUUUCUACUUGCUGACUGCCUAACUUAUUUUGUUUCAUGAUCUCAAGGGACUGCCUUUUCCCUUUAGAUCUUUUUUUUAAAAAGUUUUAGUACUAAGGUAUACUACUGGAUGUUUCUAUUUUUUUAAGUAUAUUCUUUUUCUGACUUAAAGUACAAUUUCAGGAAGUUGGUAGAUGCUAAAAAUGGUUGGUUGGUCCCAGAGGUGACUAUGGUCAUAAUUUUGUCUGUGAAGCCCUGGCAGAACUAUGUGUUAAACAUUUGCUGAAGUUUUCUCUCUUAACUUAUAUUUUAAAUCAGAGAAUUUUUAGAGCUUUUCAUUUUAAAGAAGGGGAAUAGUAAAAAGUGUUUCUUUCCUGUUCACUGUCCAGCAGUGCUGGCUCUUAAAUCCAGAAAAUGUAUUCUUAAGGUUCUCAGACACAGUUACUUCUGUAGUGGUCCCACUUGGAUUUGGGGCCGCGUUCUUCAUAUUCACUAAAGGUUUUGCUAAAUUUAAAAACCCUAGCAAAUCAGAGCUAAAGAGAUGUAAGGGGGGGGAGAAAUAGUGGAAGGGAAUCUGAACAAUAAGUAAUUUCGGAGCUUGGGGGAAAUACUGGUUUAGGUAGAGCUACCAUCCUGAUGGAAUAGAGUGAGGCGGGGAUGAGUUAAUAUCUGUAAAGUGCUUAGAACAGUACCUGGUACAUGCUAGGGUUUAAUACAUCUUAUUUAAUGUUAGAUUGGACCAGGAGGAAAGAAAGGAAUGAGAAAGAGGGGCAAAGAAGAGAAUAGAAAAUGAAAGGCCAGGGUUUAUACAUUACAUUAACACAGUGUAAAAAACCUGAAGGUAACUGGAAUGGUAUAUGGGAGAAAGUGUGAUUGGAAGAUUAGAUUUUUAAAAGGCUUAUUUAUAUUUUUAGGAUUUUGUCAGCAUAGCAUCCAGAGUUUAGAUUUAUUUUUGUGUAUGAUACCCAAAACUUCUUUCGGUGGGGUGGGAGGGAUGGCUACGUGUGCCACUGAGCUUUAUUUUAUCUGAUCUCUUAAUAAGGUUUAGGUGCUAUUGUCUCCGCCUCAUAAUGAGGAAAGGCUCCAAGGAAUUCUCCUAAUUUUACUUGACUAAUGUGAUACAGUGAACUGGGUUUUGACUAGACCUGAUUCUGAAGCCCACGUUUUAUACAACGGGCCUUAUUGCUGCCUCAUGAAACAACCUUUGUAUUUUUUUGCUUUUUAAAGGAGUCUAUCUAUGGAGACUUUUCUCCCUAAAACUGCUAUGUUAGGAAAUUGAGAGUCUCUUCCUCCCUCAAAUAAUAUCCUCACUACUCCUGCCUUCUAAUACAGCAGCUGUUUUGUCAUUUGACUAUAAUAAGAUAUUCAACCUUAGUGUAGCACAUGCUAUUUAUUGGCUGUGGCAUUUUCAUUUUUUAAAGGAUGGUUUUUAAUGAAACUAGAUGUGAACCUGUUUUUUGUGCCGUUCAGUCACCCAGAUCCUUAAAACUUAACUAUGGUACCUAAUACAUGUGCUUAAAACUAACAACAGGUUUUUUUUCUUAGUCACUUUAGUAUUUAAAAUGGAACUUCUUCCCCCUGCUGUAUCCCUGCUUUUCAAGUGAAGUUCAAGAGUUCUAGAUAGUUGGAAAUGUGUUAGGGAUAAGCACACUUUAAAAGAUGUUUUCUAGUCCUGAAUUUUGUGACAUUGGGUACUUAAAUUUUCAGUACACUGGCUAUUGGAACAUAAUUUUGGGUUGAGGACAAGAGGGUGGGAUGGUCACGGCUAUUAUGAAAUGGGAGAAUCAGCAUUUUAAACACUGUAAACAUAAAAGAACAUUUUCUUCUGCCUGCUGUUUGUAAAAGCUCUUUGGAAAGAUCUUUUACGAAGACCAAUUUUUUUAAUGUAAUUUUACCUGCCUAGUAUAAGUGUCCUAAGACAUGUAUGUAACUUCCAAAAUUGUUUGUGUAUUUAGCAAAUACACAAGAAUCUUUAUCAAAUCUAAAAAUAUAAACUUGUGAGCACUAAACUGCCUCUGGCUUUGUGAAUUUUGUUCAGUGAUUUCAGAGUUCUUUAAAAUGUAAAACAUGCUAAUUUAAUUUAGACCAGUUGGGGCAAUGGGUAUCUUUGUAAACUUUGGAUUAAGUAUAUCUUUGUAUUUAAGAUUUGCAAUUUUGAAUUAUGAAACAAUGGUUUUUGGUUUGUCUUUUUAUGUGAAGUAAAAGCCUCACUACUACCUCCUUAGAGAACUGCUUUAAUAAUACGUAAUUGCUUUAUUAACUUUAAUGCUUUCAGGAUUCUUUUACAGAGUUUAUAAAAUAUUUCAAAAUUUCCCCUUCUCCCCAUUUCAUGGUAAAUAUAUUUGAUAAUGAGGCUAUCAGGAUUUGUUAAUCUUGAGGUUAAAGUUAAAAUUGUUUUCUAUUCCAGUUAUUGCCUAUAAAUUAACUAGUGACUCAAGUGAAUGCAUAAUGUGAAUUUUCCAAGUCUCUAAAAUUUCAUAAUUAUAAAGAAAGGAUGAUUUUGUGAUUUUUUUUUUAAUCAGUCAAACUAAGGGACUUGAUAUAGUUUGGAGUUGGGAAACUUAGGAUGUUGCUCACAUACGAGGUAAUGCUUAGGGUGUUUAAACUUGUAGCAAAUUGUAAUUGAAGAAGUGUAUGAUUUCUUAAAGUUCCAAGAGAUGAAGAUUUUUUGCCUCAGUACUAAAAGAAAGUUUUUAAUAACUAUCCAGAUGAAAUGGUAUUGGUUCAGACAAGAGUCUUGCAACCACUGGGGAUACUCUAGAUAGAAGAAAUUACCUGACUAGACUUGUUUUUAUUUAUUUUAAAUUUUAAUUUAUUUUAAUUUUUGCUUAUCAGUAUUAACUAUUCUGACUGGGCAUAGCAAGCUUAGACUUGAAAGUCUGGUGUUCUGCCAGGAACAUUGACCAUUGACACCCCUGACCCCCGACAAGCAUUUUGACUUAAAGCAGUAUUAAUUGGCCACAUGUUAUAUUUUAGAAAAUAUUCCUGUUGACUUUCUUUUUGGCCUAAUAAUGUUGAUUAAAAAUUAUGUACACAGGGGCUGGAGCGAUAGCACAGCGGGUAGGGCAUUUGCCUUGCACGCAGCCAACCCAGGUUCUAUUCCCAGCAUCCCAUAUGGUCCCCUGAGCACCGCCAGGAGUAAUUCCUGAGUGCAGAGGAGUAACCCCUGUGCAUCGCCAGGUGUGACCCCAAAAAAAAAAGCCAAAAAAAAAAUUAUGUACACAGAAAUUGCUCCUCGCGGAAUAUUUUGACAUCAAGAACAGUUGAAAUUUAGAGAUGUUUUCAUGUUACGAAAAUUGCUUGUUGAAUUUUUCCCCUUUAUUUACAAAUCAUAGGCAUGUGGAAGUUUAUAUAGGGUAUUCGCUUAUUGAUCAAAUAAGAUAAAGGCGUUUCAAAUUUUAGUCUCUAUCAACUCUUUCCAAAUUUAGAACAAAAAGAAAUAAGAUACAGGAAACAGGUCUAUGGUUUGUGUUUUUUUGUUUUGUUUUUGGUUUUGUUUUUGUUUUUUAAUUUAUUUCAGUGAAUAAGCAGGGUCAGGGAGAUGUUACAGAGGGCCAGAGUUCAUGCUUUGCACCAUGCAUACCGAAGUGUGGUCUUGGUACCACAACGUCUGCCUAGGCUGCUUAGUUGUAUAUCCUAGUAAUAGCACCUUUUCACUGUCAGACAGAUAAUUUUGUCCCCCCCCCCCCGGAAAAAAAAAAACAACCAACGAUUGGCAGUUAGCAUAUAUAUAUAAUUAAAGAUGUUUUUAAUCUUUAAGGUACGCAAAAGACAAUCUACUUAGCAUAUUUCAUACUAGUUGGUAAGAGAACAGUAUGUAUAAUAGUUUCAAGGUAAUAACAAAAAUUUUAGAGUAUCUAAAAGAAUUGAUUCCCAGAGAAUUUGAAUUUUAGGGACAAUAGUAUAUUCAAAUGUAAUUCCUGGCACACAACUCAAAGGAAAUGACUGCCAAUGGGCCAGAGUCAUAAUGGGUUAAAGUGCUUAACCAUCUCAGGGCUGGAGCACAGCGGGUAGGGCGUUUGCCUUGCAUGCAGCCGACCUGGGUUUGAUUUCCAGCAUCCCAUAUGGUUCCCAAGUACCGCCAGGAGUAAUUCCUGAGUGCAGAGCCAAGAGUUACCCCUGAGCAUCACCAGGUGUCACUCAAAAGAAAAAGUGCUUGCCUUCUCUGUAGCCAGCCCUCGUUCGACCUUUAAACCACAUGGUCCACCAUGUAUCUCUGGGGAUGACCCAACAUGUUCCCUCCCCCAAAUAAUUACCACUAACAUUUAAAUGUCUAACAUUCAAAAAAGAAAAUUUAAGGAAAUUAUGGUAGCCUAAUAUUCAUGAGGCAAUAUAUAGUGCAACACUGACUUGAUGUUUUAGUCACCCUAUCUUUCUGUUUUAGUGAAGAGGUAUAAUGAAUUUUUGGCAUUCCUAGAACCUGUGUUUUACAAGAGAGAAAUACAGGUUCCUGUGAAAGAGAAAUGGAACUUUAGUACAUCUUGAGGUUCUUGAGAUUUUGCUAGCAUUUGACUUCUGAAACUAGAGUAGUGCCAUUAUAUAGAAAUGGUGACUUCUGCUAAGUAUAUUUUCUGUGCUGGAUUUUCAAGUAAUUGUCACCUCAUUAAAGAAUUCAUUGCAGAUAAUGGCAGUUUUGUGAAUUGGAUCGGCCUCCAAAAGUCAUUCAUGGAGCUUAUGUGUCUCAUUUAUAAUAAGAAUUUUAAAUGUUACUUAAGGCUACACACAUAGUUGAAUAUAUGUACAUUUUUUUUUGAUGGUCUAAAUUUGCCUUUGUUUCUAAGAUUCAACUCAAAAGUUUAUUAGAAUCCUAAUUAGGCAUCAGAGUCAGGAGUAAGCCCUGGUGUGACCCAAACACGGCGUGGGGGUGGAGUGAUGCAGAAUAAAAUAUACACAGCACUGUGCAGUGCCCCUCUUUAACAUCAUGAAAAGUGAAAUACUUCCAUACUGAAGUCUUCCAGUUUAAAAAAAAAUUGGUUGUCUGGACCUUCGUAUGUUUGUAAAACUGGAAACCAUGUUUGCAUUCAUCAUUUGUAGUUUUCUGGGCUAGGAAUGUUUUUCUCUAGUAGCUUCAGGUUUUCUGUUCUAUUAGAUAAAUCUGUGGAAUUAGACACUAUGACUUUGUUCCGACCUACCCAGGUACUCAGGGAACCAGCAACUCGCUAACAUGUUGCCGCUACUUGGCAGCUGUGAGGCUACAUGGAGCUUCCCCCUGGCCCCUACAGUUCAGGAGAGGUGCAGGCACUUCACAUUAUUGGGGCUGGGAAGGGAAAAAGAACGCCUUGCAAAGAAUUAAAUUGCAAACUUCUGUGGUUUGCCCUCAAAAGUUGGGGGUCAUCCAGUGGUGCUUAGAGGCUAUUCCCAAAUUGGUGUUCAGGUUGU